AUGGUCGAUGUAACUCGAAACGAUCUGGUAGAACUCACUACUAGAAAUGGCAAACACACUGGCACCGUUCUCUACUUUAACAAAAACAAAGAAACGAACGACUACGAAAUCAAGCUGAAAGAUGUCAAGACAGAAUCUGGCCGCACAAUCAGAGCCCAGCGAUUCAAGAAAAGCCAAAUCACCGACUUGAAGACUCUGACAAAAGUUCGGAACGCUGAAGAUCUUCCUGCUCCAAAAACUGCUCAUUGGAUUACCGAUCCGGGAAAUACCAACUUUCCACCAGAAAUCGCGGGUUGGUCAAAAGCGAUUGGAAGGAAGGAGAAAAAGUUCUUCCUUGGAAAAUAUGAAAUUGUCGACAAUCGAGUGGAUUUGACCUCGACGCUCGUGAAGUUGAAAUCUUCCUCGCAGCUUUCUGUCUCUUUUGAGCCAUCAGCAAGUGGCGAAAUCGCUGAAGCAAAAAGUAUCAAAUACGUCUGCUUCAAAUCUAAGAAAUUCGAGCCUGUUUUCAUCAUCGAUAUGGAGAAAAUAGGCGAAGAAUUGGUGAUUAAACACGGCAUCAAAACCUUCAUGACUUCGAAAAGCAGGAAGAAAAUCAUGUCACAUUCUGCUGUUGCUGUCAGUGCAUGCAAAAAUCUACAUUUCUUCGAUCCAAAGUCACUCCAAGACGUUGAAGUCCUCGGCUAUCUAGUGGCAAAUCAGCCUCAAUCCUCCCACUUUCAAAAAUUCACUGCCUUGGCGAAACUCCUCCUUGAUAUCAACCUCGCACCUGAGUCUACAAACGCCUCUCUCAAAAACCCCUCUGAUGAAACAUUUAUGAAAAUGGCUGGCCGCGUAAAAGCCCUCGAUCUUGUCAAAACAAAGCUUGAAGAAAUGCGAGAUUCAAAGCUCAACAAAUGCUAUGAAGCGAUGACGAAGUUGAAAUCGGAAGAAAAAGGAAAUUAUGAAAAAGGAAUGGUCAACGAAAUCGUCCGAGAUAUCGUCCAUUCACCGCCAACUGAGACAAAGAUUCUUCAUUUCUGA